ACCAUCUUGUUUAUAUAGUUAUAUAUUCACCUGCGCGUAUGUACAUCUAUGCAUCUACGCAAUCCGCACGUGCAUAGAUGCCAUACGUGUUAACCUGCAUGGUACAUAUUUUCCGCGCCCAGGUCGGCCAGAGUCAACUCUACAUAGUGAAGCGGCGCUUGGCUUUGCUUGGCUUAGCUUAGCGUAGCUUUGCGUAGCCCAGCGUAGCCUUCUGAAGAGUCCCCUCGGCAGCUUUCUUUGCGGCACGUUUUUUCGAAAAUUUACGUGCACACGUUUUAUACGCAGUGCAGCAGGGUUGCUCGCGCAGGCGUGACGUAUGAUUAUUUAGGGGCUGGCGGUUGAGCUGCUAAGCGGUUAAGCUGCCAAGCGGUUGAGCUGCCAAGCAGUUACGCUUCUCCGUACUGGGGCCCCAACCGGUGCGCGGCACCUUCACAUCCACCCCCCCUUUUCUCCUCUCCCUCCUCUGCUACCAAAUAUGCGCGUGAAUUCCCUCCUCUACGCGCUUUCUUCUUUAAUGGUAUUCCAUUUAGACUUCUUUUACAAAGGGAACAGGGUUAACUACGUUUCUGCGUACAUCAGUUCGAUACACAAGUACACCAAUUACGGCAACGGGAGUGGCGGAAAAAGCGGAAGCAACGGAAGCGGCAACGGAAGCGGCGACGGAGGCCAGAACAAACCUAGUUUCUUCGGAAAGCGAAAAAUAGACGCGAACGGAGUAUCGAACAGAUCAGCCGUCUCGUACUUCAAGAAAAAGUUCCCUCAGGUUUAUCAGCAGAACGGCGUAAGCACCUCCAGCACGUCGGGAGACCCCAGGCAGGCAAGUGAGAAGAAGGACCCAGAAACGACCUCUCAACUGCAGCAGCAGAGGGAGGAGCAGCCCCCACAGCAACCACAACAGAGUGACAAUCAAGGAGGAGUUAGAGACACCAUGGCAAACCCCCCCAUCGAAGAGAGACUCGCAAACCUGAAGAAGGUAAUGCAGGAAAACAACAUCGAUGUGUACAUCCUAAUAAACAGCGAUGAGCAUAACUCAGAAAUUAUAAACGAUAAGGAUAAAAAAAUAUUCUAUUUGAGUAACUACAGUGGAGCAGAUGGUAUCUUAAUACUGACGAAGGAUAAGCAAAUUAUGUACGUGAAUGCUCUCUACGAAUUACAAGCCAACAAGGAACUGAACCACGACAUUUUCUCCCUCCGAAUUAGCAAAAUUACCAACCGAGAUGAAAUAUACGAAACAAUUGCAUCCCUCGAAUUUAACAACAUUGCAGUAGAUGGAAAAAACACCAGCGUCGCUUUUUAUGAAAAGUUAAAGAGCAAAAUAGAGUCCACUUACCCAGGCAAAACUGUCGAAGAAAAAGUGAUUUACGAAAAUGAUAUGAACCAAAUUGUAAAAAAUGAAAAUAUAAAUUUCCUCAUUUUGGAGAAGUCCCUCGUAGAUUUAAAAGACUAUCAAGUGAAUAACAAAUUGGUCUUCAUCCAUGACAGAAAAUUUAACGGUGCAUGUUCAGGAGAAAAAUUAGAAAAAUUAAGACAAAUAUUUUCCUUUGAAAAUAAAAACGUAGAUAAGUUACUACUCUCAGAGUUAGACGAAAUUGCGUACAUUUUAAAUUUACGUGGAUUUGAUUACACCUUUUCUCCCCUCUUCUAUGGCUACCUCUACUUCGAGUUUAACAGAGAAAAGGACGAUUUUGAAAAAAUGAUUCUCUUCACUGUGUCGAAGAACCUCUCCGAGAGUUCCAUCAGACACCUCAACACGGUUAACGUGACUGUUAAGGAGUACGAAACGGUGGUCGAGUACCUAAGGGACAACGUCUCCUCCAAAACGAUGGCCCUCACCAAGGUGGGCAAUGAAGUAGGCGCAGUUAAGGCGCCCCCCUCCAAGGAACUCCCCAUAAAAGAGUCCGAUUCGCAGAAAAAGUACGAAAUCUCCCUCAGCCCAUACAUCAACCUAAUGAUCUACAUGCUCUUCAAUAAGGACAAAAUACUGCUCGAAAAAUCCCCCGUUCUUCACAUGAAGGCGGUUAAAAACGACGUCGAAAUUGAGAACAUGAAGGAGGCACAUGUGCUGGAUGCGUUGGCCCUUUUGCAAUUCUUUCACUGGUGUGACGAGAAGAGAAAAACCAAAGAGUUAUUUAACGAAACGGAAAUGUCUUUAAAAAAUAAAGUAGAUUACUUCAGAUCAACCAAACCAAACUUUAUCUUCCCCUCCUUUGCAACCAUCUCGGCCAGCGGACCAAAUGCUGCAGUCAUUCACUACGAAGUAACGGAUUCUACAAAUGCGAAGAUUACACCAGGUAUAUAUCUCCUUGAUUCAGGAGGACAGUACCUACACGGAACCACAGAUGUAACUAGAACUACGCAUUUUGGAGAACCCACAGCGGAAGAGAAGAAAAUCUACACCCUAGUACUUAAAGGACACCUACGUUUAAGAAAAGUUAUCUUUGCUAGCUACACGAAUUCUAUGGCCCUAGAUUUUAUUGCGCGUGAAAGUUUAUUUAAACACUUCCUCGAUUAUAAUCACGGAACUGGACACGGAGUAGGGUUAUUCUUAAACGUCCAUGAAGGUGGUUGCUCCAUCGGACCAACAGCUGGCACUCCUCUGAAACCUGCUAUGGUACUUUCCAACGAACCAGGGUACUACCUAGAAAAUAAAUUUGGUGUUAGAAUCGAAAACAUGCAAUUUGUAAUUAGCAAGAAGAACACAGAUAACACCGAGUUUUACUCCUUUGAAGAUUUAACUCUCUAUCCGUAUGAGAAAAAACUGCUCGACUUUUCCAUUCUGACGGCUGAAGAAAUUAGAGACAUCAAUGAAUACCACGAGACCAUUAGGAAAACCCUCCUCCCCAGGCUGAAGCAGAACCCCUCCGAAUACGGCGAGGGAGUGGUGAAGUACCUCAUGGAUAUCACCCAGCCGAUUGCCAUCAACUAG